AUGUCGGGGACAUGGGUGACUUGGAAUGUGCGGGGUCUAGGGCGAGCGGAGAAGAGGAAAUCAGUUAGGCUGGCUUUGGAGCGGGUGCGCCCAGAAUUGGUCUUAUUACAAGAAACAAAAUUGAAUGAUGAUCGGGAAGGCUCAUUCCGAGGAUGGUUGAAUGCUGGUAUGGAGGUUGUCUGUGUGCCAGCGGUGCACUCGCCGGGGGGUUUAGCGACGUUAUGGCGGAGGGAUAUUUUUAACAAUGAAAGGGUCAUCAAAGGGAAUGGCUUUCUGUUUGUCCAGUUAAGAAUACAGUCAAGUGGAGAGGUUCUUUUUGUGGGGAAUGUGUAUGGUCCCCAAGAUGUGACGGGACGGGUGCGUAUGUUUGAGGAACUGGGCAGGGAAGUGGAGGGCAUGGAGGGUAGAAUUGUGGUGGGAGGAGACUAUAAUGCUAUCCUCAAUGAUGGUGAACGUCAAGGAGUAGCGGUUGACACCCGGGGAGAGGGUGCUUUCAAGGAUUUUGUGUUGUCCAAUUUUUUAAUUGAUUUACCAAUGCAAAAUGGUGAUUUCACGUGGGGAAGUACAAGAGGGAGUGGGUUGUGGAGUAGGUUGGAUAGAUGGCUAAUUAAUGAGGAUGCUCUGUUAGGUUUUGAUUGA